ACGUAUUUAAAGAGAUAGCCAACUUCCUUAAAUCCACUAACCAAUCCAUUUAAUCCUCCCUCCCCUUAACGCAGCUGGAGAAUGGCGUAUGGAUACGCCUUACUACCUAAAGCCAUAUACCGAACGAACGAACGAACGUGUAUCGACCUAACUUCACUUGACAGUACUUGAACUCACCCUAACCUGAAAAGAUCACAAUUUUGACAGUUCUUAACUUAUUACGUUGUGUUGACGGAAACCAAGAAGUGAAGAUGGAAACAACACUAAAUAAAGAUGAGCAGAAUAAUCAAGAUGACUCGGAUUCUUCAGAAAUUGAUGAAGUAGAACCUAGAUUAAAGUAUAUGAGAAUUCGCAAUGAUCUAGAACAUAUCCUACAGAAUGAUGCAGCUAGCUGCAUUGCUGUACAUCCAAAGGCACAUACAGUGGCAGUCAAUCAGAUUUCCAUAGACCAUAAUGGUGACUUCAUUGCUUCUUGUAGUGAUGAUGGAAAGGUUUUCAUUUAUGGACUAUAUAGUACAGAGAACAAUCAUAACAUGAGUAUGGGCAGGCUGGUAAAAAGUAUAGCGAUUGACCCAAAUUAUUACAAAAGUGGCAGUGGCAGGAGAUUUAUUACAGGUGAUGACAAAUUGGUGCUUUACGAGAAGACUUUCCUGGCCAGAAUGAAGUCAACUAUACUUUGUGAGGCGGAGGGUGGAGUAAAAUCUGUUGCUUGGUCUAGUCGUUUUGUCGCUUGGGCCUCCGAUACUGGCGUGAGAGUUUAUGAUCUCGAUGCUAGAUGUUCACUGGGACUGAUCAAGUGGUCUCGUACAGCAGACGCAUCGCCAGAACAUUAUAGGUGCAAUUUGCAGUGGUCGGACGAUAAAACGCUGCUGAUAGGAUGGGUGGAUGUUGUACGGGUCUGUCAGAUUAGGAAACGUACUAUGCAAGAGAUGGUAAAUCGAGACUUGCCUGAAUUUGUAGUGGAUCCAGUGUCAACAUUCCAAGUGGAUUUUUACAUAUCCGGUAUUGCGCCAUUGGGAAAUCAGUUGGUAUUGUUGGGAUGUUUAAAAACUCUGGAUGAAAAUGGAAAAAGCCAGCGUCCGACCUUACAUGUGGUUGAACCUAAUGGUCAAGAUUUUUCAGUGAUAUGCGCAAACUCACUCACUCUACGUGGCUACAAAGAAUAUAGCUGCAACGAUUAUCAUCUAGACUGUUUAAAAGAGGAAAACAGAUUUUUUAUCGUCAGUCCAAAAGACAUUGUAGUAGCCAGUUUAUAUGAUGCAGACGAUAGGAUCGAUUGGCUGUUAAAUCAUGGAAAAUUCGAACAAGCUCUAGAAGCAGUGACAACAAACGGCAAAGACUGCAAAAAACAUACGUUAUUGUACGUGGGUCGUACUUAUUUGGAUCACCUGUUAAAAUAUCAAAGGUACGACGAGGCUGGGAAACUUUGCCUCAAAAUUUUAGGGCGAAACAAAAAAUUGUGGGAGGAAGAGGUUUACAAAUUCGCCAGAGUGCAUCAACUACGUUCCAUCUCGUCUUAUUUGCCUCGAGGUGAUAUCACCCUCGAUCCAUUGAUUUAUGAGAUGGUACUGUACGAGUACCUAAAGAUGGAUCCCGACGGCUUCUUGCAUCUGGUUAAAGAGUGGUCCCCGAAUUUAUACACAGUGGCAGCAGUAGUUAACGGCGUGUUGGAGCAUUUACUAGUCCACAAUCAGCGACAGAACGUAUUAUUGGAAGCACUGGCAAUUUUGUAUAUCUACGAUGGCAAAUACGACAAAGCACUCGCUAUGUACUUGAAGCUGCGACACAAAGAUGUCUUCCAAUUGAUCCAAAAGUACCAGUUGUACAGUUCGGUAUAUGAAAUGAUCGAAGGUCUAAUGGAUCUGGACACGGAACGUGCCAUACAGUUCUUCUUGGAGAAAGACCGAGUUCCGUCUGAAGUUGUUGUGCAGAAACUUCAGCAUAAUCAACGUUACUUAUACCUGUAUUUGGACGCCUUAGAUAAAAAAGAUACAAAGGAUUCUAAAGGCAAGUAUCACGACUUGCUGAUACGAUUGUACGCUGAUUAUUCGAGGGACAAGCUGCUGCCACUCUUACGUCGCUCUGAUAGUUAUCCGAUACAGCAAGCCUUGGAUAUAUGUAGUCAGCGUCAAUUUUAUCCCGAAAUGGUGUACCUUUUGGGUAGAAUGGGAAACACUUCAGAAGCUUUGGCGCUCAUGACAAGGGAACUCAAUGAUAUGGAGAGUGCCAUCGCGUUUUGUCAAGAACACGAUGAUAAAGAACUGUGGAACGAUCUAGUUAAUUACUCGCUCGAUAAACCUGCGGCUAUUACCUUCCUUCUCCAAAGAAUUGGUACCUACGUCGAUCCACGACUCAUGGUACAAAGGAUAGAGCCCACUUUAAAAAUUCCAGGACUAAAAAGAGCAUUGGUCAAGAUGAUGUGUGACUAUAAUCUGCAGGUGUCCGUGCAAGAAGGUUGUAAGAAGAUUCUGUCCAAUGAUUACUUCAAUCUUCACGAGAGGCUCGUUCGUUGUCACCAGAAAGGCAUAUUUAUCGACGACGACCAAAUGUGUGGAGCUUGCCAUAGGAAGAUAAUUGUAAGAGAGCCACGGGACAUGGUUGUAUUUUAUUGUAAGCACUCUUUCCAUGAGGAUUGUCUGCCUAACUUUGAAUUGGUUGAAAAUUGUGUAAUAUGCAAUUCACAGAAGGAAAUGACGCCUGGUAGAAAAUGAUAAAGGUAAAAUUGCAUCUCUCGUUAUAUGACAUGUGCAAUAUCUAAAGCUUGAAGUGGAUAUACGAUAAUAUACUUCAGUGUGUGUGAUACCAAAAUUGUGUUGCGGUGACGUAAACAAAUUUUUGCAUAAUAAAAUAGUUAAAAUUA